AUCAAGAAGAUGUAUGGAAUAAUUUGGUGUAAUUGAUUGUAGUUUUUUGUGGUUUUUCUUUACUUAGUUUCCUAAUGUAGCACUUUUUAAAUUUGCAGGAACCUACAGUCCAAUGUGUUGACCGGAAUGCUACCUCAUGAGCUUGGCAAUUCGAAAUCUCUUCAGGAGCUUCAUCUGGACAGAAAUAAGCUCCAAGUAAAUGUAAUUGGUCUUGCCAAUGCGAAUUCUGAAUCCAAUAUGCAUGGAAUGUUUGCAUCAAAUGGGAAUGUAAUAGGUCUUUGUAGCUUGCCUCAGCUAAUGGUUGUUGAUUUGUCAUACAACUUCUUUGGUGGCAUAAUCCCGAAAUGCUUGCUACAUCUGCCAAGUGCAAACUUUCAUGGUAACUGUCUUGAUGAAAAGAGUUCAAAACAGCGUUCUGACGCACAAUGUGGAGCUGCAAUAUCUGCCAAAGGCCAUCCAAAUCCUAGUGCCAACACAAAGGGAAAGUCUAGAGAAAGUGAAACCAAGCACCAGAAAUCAAGACCUACUUGGCUUUUAGCUUUAGAAAUUGUAACUGGGACCAUGGUUGGUACUCUCUUAAUCACUGCCCUGAUAACUACUUACAAAAGAUUCAACAAUAAAUCAUCUAUGAUUAUCCCUUGGAAGAAAUCUGGAAGUGACAAAGAACGCUUGGCAGUAUAUAUUGUGGCUUGUGAAGACUUUAACAACAUUGAAGGUGGAUCUGAGAUUGUUGUGAUAUCCUUUUGCAUCAAAGAAGAGCAGUGGACUGGCUAUCACGAGCUUUAUUUCCAGAGAGAGGUGGCAGAUUUAGCAAGACUAAAUCAUGAGAAUGCUGGUAAGCUCUUAGGGUAUUGCCGAGAGAGUCCUCCAUUCACAAGAAUGCUUGUUUUUGAAUAUGCAUGUAACGGAACUUUAUAUGAGCACCUGCAUUUCAUGUUUGCUGAUGGAGAAGGCUGCCAGCUGUCUUGGACACGGCGUAUGAAAAUCAUAAUUGGUAUCGCUCGUGGAUUGAGAGAUCUUCAUACGGAACUCAACCCUCCAUUUACUAUAUCCGAGCUGAAUUCUAGUGCUGUAUAUCUUACUGAAGACUUUUCACCCAAGGUCUACACUCCGAGGAUUGCGCCUUAUGCGAGGAAUUUGAUGUGGUUCGUGAGCAAUGGGCUAAGUUUUUUACCAACAAGUAUUUAUUAUUGGCUUUAGCGCGCUUGAUCGAGUUGGUUUAGUUGUUAUAGAAUAAAUUUUAUAUUAAAAUGUAUGUUUAUGUUGAAAUUGGAACAUAUAUUUAAAUGUAAUAUGUGCACUUUGGUUUUGGGAUAUAUAGUAUACAAAACUCCAGUUGUUGUUUUUAUAA